GAUGGAGGAUGAAGCUGUUCUGGACAGAGGGGCUUCGUUCCUUAAACACGUGUGUGAUGAAGAAGAAGUAGAAGGCCACCACACCAUCUACAUUGGGGUCCAUGUGCCCAAGAGCUACCGGAGAAGGAGACGUCACAAGAGAAAGGCAGGGCACAAGGAAAAGAAGGAAAAGGAAAGAAUCUCUGAGAACUACUCGGACAAAUCAGAUGUGGAAAAUGCCGAUGAGUCCAGCAGCAGCAUCCUCAAGCCUCUCAUCUCCCCCGCCGCAGAACGCAUCCGGUUCAUCUUGGGAGAGGAAGAUGACAGUCCAGCGCCUCCUCAGCUCUUCACCGAACUCGAUGAGCUGCUGGCCGUGGAUGGGCAGGAGAUGGAAUGGAAGGAGACGGCAAGGUGGAUUAAGUUUGAAGAAAAAGUGGAGCAGGGUGGGGAACGAUGGAGCAAACCCCAUGUGGCCACGCUGUCCCUGCACAGCUUGUUCGAGCUGAGGACGUGUAUGGAGAAAGGAUCCAUCAUGCUUGACCGGGAGGCAUCUUCUCUCCCACAGCUGGUGGAGAUGAUUGCUGACCACCAGAUCGAGACAGGCCUUUUGAAGCCAGACCUUAAGGAUAAGGUCACAUACACUUUGCUCCGGAAACACCGACAUCAAACCAAGAAAUCCAACCUUCGGUCCCUGGCUGACAUCGGGAAGACUGUCUCCAGUGCAAGUAGGAUGUUUACCAACCCUGACAAUGGUAGCCCAGCCAUGACCCAUAGGAACCUGACAUCCUCCAGUCUAAAUGACAUUUCUGAUAAACCAGAGAAGGACCAGUUGAAGAAUAAAUUUAUGAAAAAACUGCCACGUGAUGCAGAAGCUUCCAACGUGCUUGUCGGGGAGGUUGACUUCUUGGAUACUCCAUUCAUUGCCUUUGUUCGGCUGCAGCAGGCUGUCAUGCUGGGUGCCCUGACCGAGGUCCCUGUGCCCACAAGGUUCUUAUUCAUUCUCUUAGGUCCAAAGGGGAAAGCCAAGUCCUACCAUGAGAUUGGAAGAGCCAUCGCCACCUUGAUGUCUGAUGAGGUGUUCCAUGACAUCGCUUACAAAGCAAAAGAUAGGCACGACCUGAUUGCCGGCAUUGAUGAGUUCCUGGAUGAAGUCAUUGUCCUCCCACCUGGGGAAUGGGACCCAGCAAUCAGGAUAGAACCUCCAAAGAGCCUCCCAUCAUCUGACAAAAGAAAGAAUAUGUACUCAGGUGGAGAGAAUGUCCAGAUGAAUGGGGACACACCUCAUGAUGGAGGACAUGGAGGAGGAGGGCACGGUGAUUGUGAAGAACUACAGAGAACUGGCCGGUUCUGUGGUGGAUUAAUUAAGGACAUAAAGAGGAAAGCACCAUUUUUUGCCAGUGACUUUUAUGAUGCUUUAAAUAUUCAGGCUCUUUCGGCAAUUCUCUUCAUUUAUCUGGCAACGGUAACCAACGCCAUCACUUUUGGAGGACUGCUCGGGGAUGCCACUGACAACAUGCAGGGUGUGUUGGAGAGUUUCCUGGGUACCGCUGUCUCUGGAGCCAUCUUUUGCCUUUUUGCUGGCCAACCACUCACCAUUUUGAGCAGCACAGGACCUGUCUUGGUGUUUGAGAGGCUUCUGUUUAAUUUCAGCAAGGACCAUAAUUUUGACUACUUGGAGUUUCGUCUUUGGAUUGGCCUGUGGUCGGCCUUCAUGUGUCUCAUUCUGGUGGCCACUGAUGCCAGCUUCCUGGUUCAGUACUUCACUCGUUUCACGGAAGAAGGUUUCUCCUCGCUGAUCAGCUUCAUCUUCAUCUAUGAUGCUUUCAAGAAGAUGAUCAAGCUGGCAGACUACUAUCCUAUCAACUCAGACUUCAAAGUGGGCUACAACACCCACUUCUCCUGCGCUUGCCUGCCGCCCGAUCCAGUUAAUCUCUCAGUAUCUAUCGAUACCACACUAGCCCCAGAGGACCUGCCAACAGUUUAUUCUACUGACGUGUACCAUAAUGCCACCUUUGACUGGGCCUAUUUGUCAAAGAAGGAGUGUUUGAAGUAUGGAGGAAAGCUUGUGGGAAACAACUGUGAUUUUGUUCCUGAUAUCACACUCAUGUCUUUCAUCCUCUUCCUGGGCACUUACACCUCUUCAAUGGCUAUGAAAAAAUUCAAAACUAGUCGUUAUUUUCCAACGACGGCAAGAAAACUGAUCAGUGAUUUUGCCAUUAUCUUGUCUAUUCUCAUAUUCUGUGUAAUAGAUGCCCUGGUAGGUGUGGACACUCCAAAACUAAUUGUGCCAAGUGAGUUCAAGCCAACAAGUCCUAACCGGGGUUGGUUUGUCCCACCAUUUGGAGGAAACCCCUGGUGGGUGGGCCUUGCUGCCGCUAUCCCGGCCUUGUUAGUCACCAUUCUGAUUUUCAUGGACCAGCAAAUCACGGCUGUGAUUGUGAACAGGAAAGAACAUAAGCUCAAGAAGGGAGCUGGCUAUCACCUGGACCUCUUUUGGGUGGCCAUCCUCAUGGUGGUGUGCUCCUUCAUGGCUCUCCCCUGGUACGUGGCUGCUACUGUCAUCUCCAUUGCUCACAUCGACAGUCUGAAGAUGGAGACAGAGACGUCUGCACCUGGAGAGCAACCAAAGUUUCUGGGAGUGAGGGAACAAAGAGUCACUGGAACUCUUGUGUUUAUUCUGACUGGCCUGUCAGUCUUCAUGGCUCCCAUCUUGAAGUUUAUCCCCAUGCCUGUUCUGUAUGGUGUGUUCCUGUAUAUGGGGGUGGCCUCGCUCAACGGUGUGCAGUUCAUGGACCGUCUCAAGCUGCUUCUGAUGCCCCUGAAGCAUCAGCCCGACUUCAUCUACCUUCGCCAUGUCCCCCUGCGCCGCGUCCAUCUCUUCACCUUCCUGCAGGUGUUGUGCCUGGCUCUGCUCUGGAUCCUCAAGUCAACAGUGGCUGCUAUUAUUUUUCCAGUCAUGAUCUUGGCACUUGUAGCUGUUAGAAAAGGUAUGGACUACCUCUUCUCCCAGCACGACCUCAGCUUCCUUGAUGACGUCAUUCCAGAAAAAGACAAGAAAAAGAAGGAGGAUGAGAAGAAAAAGAAAAAGAAGAAAGGAAGUUUGGAUAGCGACAAUGACGAUUCUGACUGCCCAUACUCAGAAAAGGUCCCCAGUAUUAAAAUUCCAAUGGACAUCAUGGAACAGCAACCUUUCCUAAGUGAUAACAAACCCUUGGACAGAGAAAGAUCAUCAACAUUCCUUGAACGCCACACAUCAUGCUGAUAAAAUUCCUUUCCUUGAGUCGCUGGGUAUACCAAGUCCUCCUAGAACUCCAGUGAAAGUUGUGCCUCAGAUUAGACUAGAACUUGAGCCUGAAGACAAUGAUGAUCCCGGGAGGAACAAGGGAACAGAAACUACAUUGUAACCUGUUUGUCUUUCUCAAAACUGACAGUUACCUUUUUCCUUUUUUUUUUUUUUUUGGUCUGUGUAUUUUAAAACUUUUGUUUGGUCACUGGCUGAAUAACACAGUCACCUUCUCUGCUUCUCUCUUGCAUAGGUAAAAUCAAGGCGAUAGUGUCCCUUUUCUUUAAAACAAACAAACAAACAAACAAACAAACAAACAACAACAGCGCCCGAGGAGUCACACUUUUGUUUCCGGGCGUUCAGAUGUGUUGUCCUCUGACCUGGAAAUCCCUUGUCACUCCAGACACACGCAGAAGCUGCCCUUGUCAAGCAGAGAUUAAAAGUAUUAAGAAUUUUGUAUCACUUUUUAUGACACUGUUGAAGGAACUUAGGACCUAAGCUUGGAGCUGUGCUUACUGGCUGGCCCUUGUCUGGUAGAGCAGCCCUUGAGCUCCAGACAGAGUCCCUUCCUGCUUACAGAGCCCCCAAGACUGGAAAUGUGCUGCUACCCACCUGCCCUUGCUCGUCAGCCCUGAUCUUAGAGUUAUUAAAAGCAGAAAACACUAAAGGUACUUCGCUCCCUGUAGAGAAACCUUGGCCAUCAUUGUAGCAAGUGCUGGAAUGUCCCUUUUCCUAUGCAACUUUUUUUAACCCUUUAAUGAACUUAUCUGUUGGGUACAUUGAAGAAUAUUUUUCUUCCUAGAUUUUGUUGUUUAAAUUAUGGGGCCUAACCUGCAACUUAUUUUUUGUCAAUUUUUUAAACUUUUUUUUAAUUACUGUAAAGAAAAUGGAAUUUUUUUCCUGCAGCAGGAAACAUAGUUUUGAGUAGUUCUACCUCUUACCUGUAGCUGCCAGGCUUUCUGUAAAAAUUGUAUUGUAUAUAAUGUGAUUUUUACACACACACACACACACACACACACACACACACACACACACACACACACACUAGGGUAAGCCAGAAGGCUAGAACAAAUUAAAAACAAAACAAAACACCAUGUUUCUAAGAGUCUGUUGGGUGGUUGUUGUUUUUUUUUUCCCCCUUUCUUCCAAAUAAAUGUAACUGUUCUGUGAAGGAGUUUAAGGAGAGGAAUGUGGAAGAGGAGAAACUUCUGCUGCGGUGGUGGUCAUGUGGGGGGCAGAUGCUGGUGUGUUACAUGUCCACGUCCUAGGCAGUAUUGUUAAGGGUUUCCUCAUUCUAAUAGUUUGCGUGCUUGUGUGUGAACUCUGAGUGUGGCUGUUGCACAGUUGUGUAAAGCCAGAUAGAGUGACAGCAGACAGAGGGCAGAGCUGUCAAGCCCCUCGUGUCCGUUUUCAUAAAACCCAAACCACUCGUGAAAAAUCCGUCAGGAGCCAAGAAAUUCAUCAUGUAAAUCCAGGUGACUACAUCUUACUAAUCACUCAGACAUCCAUCAGCAUCAUAGAGAACAGCAGUCAAUAGUUCCAGCACAAAAGCCAUAAGAAUAUUGACACCCUGUCACACAUCUGUAACGGGAAGAAUGAACAUAGAGCCACAAGGACAGUUUAGAGUGCCCAUUUACAUGUGUUUAUAGAUGGAGCAAGGUGGUUGGAUCACUUAGAAUAUAUGUGUGUGUAUGUGUUUCAUCAUACUGCGUUGAAUAAUUAGACCUUUAUUAGUCAAAUUGAGUGUGGCAUUUGAUUGCUAUAUUUUCAAUAAGUCACAUUAUAUUCUGAGUGUAUAUUAAAAUAAUAGUUUAGAUGUGGAAUCCACACUUUGGGAUUCGUAUAACAACAGUAGUGAUGCACACUCACUAUCAGGGUUUGCUAGAGGAGUUACAGAAGCAGAAUUGAACUGCUUUUUGGUUCUGUGAUGUGCUCUUAUGGACCCCCCCCCGCCACUUUCAUAUAGUAACUAAAAUAUAAUUCUGCUCUCCUGAAAUUUUGAUGAUAAGAGUUCCAUUAUCCUAAGUCACCUAUUACUUUUACAGUGUAUGGUUCAUCUUGAAACUUUAAAUUUUAUAGAAAUUAGGUAUAAAUGACAUCAUAAAUAAUGCUGUCACUGAAAUGAUAAUUAACAUUAUUUGUUAACAUCUCAAGUGGUACAUUUUACAUCACAUUUAUAUCCAGAGCUAUCCUUAAAAUGGUUAGUGUAUAUUACCUAGUUUCCUAUUAAACCACAUAAGAAAUCUUAUCUUUUUAGUGAUCGAAGCAUCAGUAGAGUGUUUAAAGGCAUGCAGAGGAAAGGCAGUCCAUCUUGAUGUUAAAUCAAAGCCACUUCAUUUACUUUUCUGAAAUCUCUGGAUAUAUAUUCUAAUUAUGAAUCAAGUUUAUUUUGAGAUUCAUGGUCCUCUGUAUCCUUUUCAGAGAGCUCCUGAAGUAACCUAACUUAUCAUUCGGUCUUUGAGCAGAUCUUGAAGUUAUCGCAGCCCAUUUAUGGUCCCUAUUCUUUGACUGGGGUGGAUGGUUAGUAUUCACAAAAUGAACAUAAAGCCAUACCUUACAUUUGCUACAAGGAAUAGUUAGCGCCAAGCCUUUUCAUGACUCCUGUAGUUCCCACACUAACAAGCAGGACCCCAAAUUUCCAUGGAAAUACCACAUUGGAUGAAUCUGGCUGAAUUCGCUUCUUGGCUAGAAACUAAGCAGACUUCAUGGUGGUUUUGUUUUCUAUGUAAACUGGACACAAAUACAGCGAAGAAUUCUUUAUAAGCCUUUCUACCCUUCUUCCCUGGAUGUGAAUUUGGAGAUUGUUUCUUGACAUACAGACUCCGAGUUGUUGACCAGGAGUCCUGUGGUAGUGCAGACAGACUGUGAGAAGGAAGACGCGUGGGCUGAGCCUGCCUACCGAAGCACGAGACCUCCAGUCUGCAGAAGCCCGCGGACAUGCUGUUCCUUUGCUACUGUGUGCAAAAACUACUUGGAAUCCUAAUUGUUUUGUGUGUUGGAGGCAGUGCUGUUUCAGCUUCUCCUUCCGGUAAAGUUGAGGGGUGGGGCUGGGAAGUACUCUCUUGAGAAGAGGCAAUGGGAACCUCCCUCCUCACCCCCCACCUAAGAGAAGGGAUCUCUGCUGUCAGUAAUCCAGCUUAUGUGCAUUUGGGGCACAUGUAACAACACACACAGAGUAAAUCCUUUGUUGGCUGUGUAUUGGUGUUUAAUAUAGCAAAUGAUUGUCUUCCAUGUUUUUGUUUCUUUUUUUUUUAACUGUGUUAAAGUACUUGAAAUGUAUCGACUGCUGACUAUCUUUCGAAAACAAAACCAUUUGAGUUAUAUUACAGAGGUUGGCAUUGAUCGGAAAUGGGACAAAGUUUUCUUCAAUCUUUUUUCAUACCACUUCAUGAUUUUGGUGCAGGAACCUGAGGUUUUCUUCUUUAUCUCCUGUGAUAGUUCCCAUCUGCUCUCACAGCACGAGCAUGAAGCCCAGUUGGUACCGUGUGACUGGGGACAGUUGGAAGACUGCAGCGCUUCCCUGUCGGAAUAGCCUUGGGGGUUUGCAGAUGACUUCACUGAGCUUCAUGGUAGCCUGAAACGAAAACCCUUUUGUAAUAUCUGUGAAUCUGGCGACUUGGCGUUUUGACCAGAGAUUUGAAUAUGAUAUCUUAUUCCUGGUUCAUUUCAUUGUGUUCUCUGGAUACAUACAAGAAUCCUGAAUUCUGUUUCCUAGGCAAAUACUGCAACUCAGGGCUAAAGUCACCCAAUGAAUCCUUAGAGCCUGAAGUAACUUUGUCCCAGGCCUACAAUGCGCAACAAAUGCAGACUUGCCUCCUUGCAGCCAUUGGUGUGGCUGGUACAUAUCCGUACACAUUACUUUUCACAAUCAGUACGCACUUUCAGAUACUCUUAUUUUUAUUCUCUUAAGUCUUUAUUAACUUUGGAGAAAUGAUGCAUCUUUUUAUUUUAAAUGAAGUAGAUCAACAUGGUGGAACAAAAUGAUAAAGAACAGAAAACAUUUCAAUAUAUUACUAAUAAUUUUUUUCCAAUAUGAAACCUAAAAUUCCUAUAACAUAGUAUUUUACAGUUUUAUGAAGCUUUCUAUUGUGACUUUUAUGGAAUUAAGAGAUGAAGAAGAUGAGAUAUUUUAGCAUUUAUAUUUUUCAAAAUUAAAUGUAUACUUAAAAUAAAGUAACUUUAUGCA